AGCAUUGGGAAUCAGCUUCCAACUGAAAUUCAGCGGACACUUUGCUACAAUGUUACCGAGCUGGCAGCACACGUGGCUCUUCAAAAACCAAGACUGCUGGUCGACCAACUGCAUGCAUUCAACACUAUUCUUGACAGUGUCCAAAACCGCAGUAAUGGCGACCACGUUUUCUUUUUGGAUGCGCCCGGUGGAACUGGCAAAAAGUUCGUCAUUAAGCUGCUUUUGGUUGAGCUGCGCAAGGCUAGCAAAAUUGUUUGGCUGUUGCAUCGGCUGGUAUAGCAGCUACGUUACUUCUCGGUGGCCGAACUGCUCAAAAUACCUUCAUGCUUCCUCUGAUGUUACCUAA